AGCGGAAGGUUCUAGCAAAACGGACUGGCUGACCAUCAUAAGCUUUGUUGUUGCACUGCUUGCGAUGGUAAUCGCGACAUUCUCCACGGGAGUAGAUUCCCAAUGUUUCCAGUUUAGAAAAGAAGAGAAUCAUGAGGAAGAUGCAAUUCCUUACGGAUACGGAUUCUUCCAUUUUGUGUUUGCUACUGGAGCGAUGUACUUUGCAAUGCUACUUGUUGGCUGGAACAUUCAUCAUUCCAUGAAAAAGUGGACAAUUGACGUGGGGUGGACAAGUACUUGGGUAAGGAUAGUAAACGAAUGGCUCGCGGUUGGCGUUUACAUUUGGAUGUUGGUGGCUCCAAUGGUACUGAAAAGCCGAGGAACUACAUGAGAGAUCACCAAAAAGAGCUUUUUGUCACCUCUCGUUUCAUCUCAGUAUUGUGGAUUUGGCUGAAAAGUAGAAUAGAAGAUUAAGAUUGGGGAACCUGUGUGAAAGCAUCAUAUAUUUUGCAUUGUAGAUUAUUUUAGGAUGAAAGAAAGGUUGAUAAAAAUAUACAAAUAUAGCUAUAGAUUUAGUAAUACUGUGAGUGUGUGACCCUAUAAUCAUGAACACGUGUACACAUACAUCUCUCUACAUUUAUACGUAACAUAGUUGUAAAACUAGCAAUUGGGUGCUAAAAAGCAACAAAACCCAAGUUUUAGUGUAAACUUGGAGCCAUAUCAAAGACUCCAAAGAAGAGGGUCUCUAACCUGAACAAUAAAGAGAAGAGACUCUUCACUA